AUGACCGGCGCGGCGGCCCACGCGGUCGAGCCCCGCGCCGCCGCCACCGCCGCCUCCCCUCCCCCCGUCGCCGCCGCCGCGGGGCCCUGCGAGCCGGCGCGCAAGGCGGGGCCCGUGACCAUGGAGCACGUGCUGCUGGCGCUCCACGAGUCGGAGGCGGAGCGGGAGGCGCGGAUCCAGGACAUGUUCGGCUUCUUCGACACCUCCGGCCGGGGCCAGCUCGACUACGCGCAGAUCGAGGCCGGCCUCGCCGCGAUGCAGGUCCCCGCCGAGUGCAAGUACGCGCGCGAGCUGCUCCGCGCCUGCGACCGCGACCGCGACGGGCGCGUCGGGUACGACGACUUCAGGCGCUACAUGGACGACAAGGAGCUCGAGCUAUACCGCAUCUUCCAGGCCAUCGACGUCGAGCACAACGGGUGCAUCCUACCCGAGGAGCUCUGGGACGCGCUCGUCAAGGCUGGUAUAGAGAUUGAUGAUGAGGAGCUUGCACGGUUUGUUGAGCAUGUGGACAAGGACAACAAUGGAAUUAUUACUUUUGAAGAAUGGAGGGAUUUUCUUAUGCUUUAUCCAAAUGAAGCAACAAUUGAGAACAUAUAUCAUCACUGGGAAAGAGUUUGCCUUGUAGAUAUAGGUGAACAGGCUGCUAUACCAGAAGGAUUAAGUAAGCAUGUCAGCGCAAGCAAAUAUCUGAUCGCAGGGGGCAUUGCGGGUGCAGCAUCUCGUACUGCAACUGCACCGCUUGAUCGCCUUAAAGUGAUCAUGCAAGUACAGACAACGCGCACGACGGUCGCACAUGCAGUUAAGGAUAUAUUUAUCCGAGGUGGCCUAAGGGGAUUUUUUAGAGGGAAUGGUUUGAAUGUUGUAAAAGUUGCUCCAGAGAGUGCAAUAAGGUUUUAUGCCUAUGAAACACUGAAAGAAUAUAUUAUGAAGAGCAAAGGAGAAAAUAAGAGUGCAGUUGGCGCUUCUGAACGCCUUGUUGCUGGUGGUUUGGCUGGUGCAGUAGCGCAAACAGCAAUUUACCCCAUAGAUUUAGUAAAGACACGGCUACAAACCUUUUCUUGCGAGAGUGGUAAAGUUCCUAGUCUUGGUGCCUUAUCAAGGGAUAUAUGGAAGCACGAAGGUCCUCGAGCGUUCUAUAGAGGUCUUGUUCCAUCUUUGCUUGGUAUUGUCCCUUAUGCUGGAAUUGAUCUUGCUGUAUACGAGACUUUGAAAGAUGCGUCCAGGACAUAUAUCAUAAAGGACAGUGAACCUGGUCCUCUAGUACAACUGGGCUGUGGCACUGUCUCUGGAGCACUGGGAGCCACAUGUGUUUACCCUUUACAGGUCAUCAGAACAAGACUGCAAGCUCAGCAAGGGAAUUCAGAGGCAGCAUAUAAAGGAAUGUCGGAUGUAUUCUGGAGAACCCUAAAGCAUGAAGGUGUUUCUGGGUUCUACAAAGGAAUCCUACCAAACCUCCUUAAGGUGGUGCCUGCUGCAAGUAUUACCUAUAUGGUUUAUGAGGCGAUGAAAAAAAAUCUGUCUCUUGAUUAAAUUCGGGAAUUGUUUUGCAAACCGGCCAUUAUUAUUGACAUGGCUGACUGUAGAGAUAAUGACGACACAUGAAUUUACUGGUUAAAGAGCUCCUUUUUUUGACGCGAAAGAUGGUGCCUUCAGGAUAGAACUGAAAGCUAUUGCUAUCCUACUUGUUAAUGAAAACGAAGAGAUUAUCAUGAUAGCAUCGAGGCUGCCACACUUGCAUAGUGGUAACUAUUCCUCCUUGUCAAGAUUACAGGCUUACAGCAAUCAGUUAUACUCCAUAGCCCCCUUUUUAUCUUCUUAUGGAGCUCUUAUUUGUACAUACAUAACUACCUACCGCUGCACAUGUUUGGAAAUAGGAACAGUACUGAAGUAACUUAGGUUGUGUUCU